UGUGUAAUUAUAUAAGUAGCCUCUAUGCAUAUCAAGUACAGCGUAUAGCUCUCUAGAUUCCCUGUACUUUCCUGCCUUAUUACAUAGAAGAAGUCUUUUCUACUAUUCUGCUUAUUUGGUAUCUACGUAAAUGAAUUCUUCGCUUAGAAUCCCUUUGCUCCUCCUGUGGGCUCUCCCAUUUGCAAAUGGCAACCUGGUCCAGUUUGCUGACAUGGUCCGGCGGGUGACGGGCAGGCUUCCGUCUCUGUUUUACAAUGGGUAUGGAUGUUACUGUGGAUUGGGAGGCUCCAAGCAACCUCUGGAUGAAACUGACUGCAUACAGAACGCUGAUUGCCAUGCUCAUGACUGUUUGACAGGUGUUGCCAUGCUCAUGACUGUUGCUAUGGAAAGAUGUCAUCCCUUGGCUGUGACCCCAAACUGGAAACGUAUUCCUACUUUUUCUCAAAAGGGGCAUUAUCUUGCGGCGGGAAAACGAUGUGCCAUAGGAUGAUCUGCGAAUGUGAUAAAGAAGCGGCCCUCUGUUUCCAAAGAGCUGCCAAGACCUACCGCAUAACAAAAGUCUAUUACCCAAACCUCCUCUGCCGCGGGGCCACACCUCCUUGCUAAGAUCCCCAAAUCUAUGAACUCUUUAACUGCCUGGAAUAAUGAUGCUUCCUCCUUCCAGAAGAGAGUGCUGUUAAAAACGUGUUUAUCGCUAUCUUUAUCUGUUCUGGCUCCAGCCCCAAAGUUCAUUUUUUUUAAUUUACAACCUUUAAUGGCAUAGGUUAAAAAAGAAGAAAAAGAUCAAAGGUAUUGAAAUCAGUUAUUCAGUUUGCAUGUGCUUGAUGAAAUAGAUACUAAAAACACUGCCACCUC